AUGCCUGCUCAAAAUGGCGAAAACGGUAGCCGCACCGAAAACGGUCAAAGCAAAAACCAAUAUUUGGCCAUGGUGGGCGAUGUCCAAGCCGAAAUCACAAGGCUACAAGUCCAACACCGCUGGAUCCAAAUGUGCCUGCAAGACCAAAUCACCUUUGCCCCAGUUGACCUCACCAAAGAUGGAGUGAAGGUCCUCGACAUGGGCUGUGCCGACGGGACGCUUCUUCGCGACCUGCACAAACAGGUCCCGCCGUCGGCGCAGAUGGUCGGCGCAGAUGUUUCAACCGUCUUCCUGCCCAAAUCGCCCCAAGGAAACAUCCGCUACGUAACCCAGGACGUGUGCGACCCCCCCGCAGCGGAACUCAGGGGUCGGUUCGAUCUGACCCACGUCCGGAACGUCCUCCACAGCGCCCAACGAUCCGGGGUCCAGCAAGCUGUGGCGAACCUGGCCGACACCCUGGCACCGGGCGGCUGGCUGCAGGUUAUGGAAUUAGACAUCAUCCCCGGCCAGUCGGAGCAACCUCAGGCGCUACAAGACUUGGUCCAAAUGAUUGGCUACAUGUUUGAGAAGCAGGGCAUGGACCGCAACUACGCCAGCAAGAUCCCAGGCUCGAUGAAGAAGGCCGGUCUCCAGAACGUCACGGUUGAAAAAGUCGAGUGCGGUAUUGGUAGAGUGCACAGCGACGAGGCCGCCGUGAGAUCUUCCAUCGAGCCCUUCAUGCAUAUGAUACCUCUCGUUGCGCGCAGCGCCAAAAUGAUAUGCCCCGAUCUUGACCCCAAGAUCUACACCAACUUGGAGGCGAGAUACGUGAAGGAGAUGACCGAGCAGGGCGGCUAUUUUCCAGCCAAUAUUUACUACGCUCAGAAGCCGAUGGCGUGA